AUGGAGCUGGUUAUGCUCUAUAUUUUAUAUGUUCCAUUGGUUUCCUUUUUCUUAAUUCCAGCCUAUCAUGGAGAAGAAAUUAUUGGAGGUCAUGACGUUAAACCACAUUCAAAACCUUACAUGGCAUCUCUUCAAAGGCUUAGCAAGCGAAGCAAGUAUUUUCACUAUUGUGGAGGAGCUUUGAUCAGACGUAACUGGAUAUUAACUGCAGCACACUGUGAAAUCCCACCUAAGGACAUGAAAGUAAACCAGUCUCCUCGAGUGGUUCUUGGAGCACAUACUCUUUCACCAAAUGAGAGGAGUCAACAAACACGUUACAUUCGCAAGCAGUUUCCACAUCCAGAAUACAGCAAACAAACUUAUGAAAAUGACAUCAUGCUGCUGCAACUUAAGGAAGCAGUGACUCUGAACAAGUUUGUGGAUGUUCUGAACCUGCCUAACUCAGGAAAGGAUGCGAAAGCUGGAGAUAGUUGUAACGUUGCAGGCUGGGGGACUACUAGUGUUGGAAAACAACAGUUGCCAAAGGUGCUGCAGGAAGUAAAUGUAACUAUCAUAGACAGGAAUCUGUGUUCUAAAUAUUACACCUACCACCCUGCAAUAACUACAGAUGUGCUCUGUGCUGGUGACAAAAAAGGAGGCAAAGAUUCCUGCCAGGGAGAUUCAGGGGGUCCACUGGUAUGCAAGGGAAAAUUCAGUGGAAUUGUUUCUUUCGGAUGCAAGUGUGGAGUACCCCACAAGCCAGGCGUUUAUACACGGCUCUCAGAAAAAUACCUCUCCUGGAUUAAGAACAUCAUUUCAAAAUGA